CCGUCCCUUCCUGUUUUACUGGCGAUCAGAGAGAAACAUUGACGCCGUGAUAGAGACGCUCAAGCUCCGAUUAUGUCUGGAACCGCUCGCUCCGUCCAAGACCAGGAUUUUUGUUUGCCUACGUGAAACCGGCAACCAGCAAUGUCGCCUUAUAGCGCAUAUAUGGCACUUGACGAGUUAUAGUCUACAAAUAUAUUUUUUAAUCGCGCUGCUGCAACCCUUGCUUUUUCUUCUGUCAAUGAUUGUCCUACCCAUAUAAGCCUACUCAUGGCGGAGACCAAAAUUAUAUACCAUAUCGACGAAGAAGAAACCCCUUAUUUAGUGAAACUGACGGUUUCUCCGGAAAAAGUCACGUUGGCGGAUUUUAAAAAUGUCCUCAACAACCGUCCGGUCAACAGUUAUAAAUUCUUUUUCAAAUCUAUGGAUCAGGAUUUCGGAGUCGUCAAAGAAGAAAUCUCUGAUGAUAACGCCAAGCUGCCCUGCUUCAAUGGCAGAGUGGUGUCCUGGUUGGUGUUGGCUGAAGGCACACACUCGGAUGGGGGAUCUCAGUGCACAGAGAGCCACAAAGAGCUGCCGCCACCCUUGGAGCGAACUGGAGGGAUUGGAGAUUCCAGACCCCCCUCUUUCCAUGCCAAUGCGGUGAGCAGUCGGGAUGGAUUGGACACAGAGACGGGGACGGAGUCUCUCCAGAGCCAGCGGAGAGAGCGGGAGAGGGAGCGAGCUCACAGGAGGGCACGAGAAAUCCCUCGCGUGAACGGUCACUCGAAAUCAGAGCGGGUGAAUCGUGACUCAGCUGUUGGCUAUGACAGCACAUCAGUCAUGAGCAGUGAGCUGGAAUCCAGCUCGUUUAUUGACAGCGAGGAGGAUGAGAAUGCCAGCAGCCACAGACUUAGCAGUUCAACCGAGCAGAGCUCUUCAUCACAACUCAUGCGUAGACAUAAACGCCGACGACGGAGGCAGAAAGUCACCAAAAUGGACAGGUCCUCGUCCUUCAGUAGUAUUACAGACUCCACAAUGAGCCUCAACAUUAUCACUGUCACUCUCAAUAUGGAGAAAUACAACUUCUUGGGUAUCAGUAUAGUGGGUCAGAGUAAUGACAGAGGAGACGGAGGCAUCUAUAUUGGCUCUAUUAUGAAAGGUGGAGCAGUGGCGGCUGAUGGCAGGAUUGAGCCUGGAGACAUGCUGUUACAGGUCAAUGACGUGAACUUUGAGAACAUGAGUAAUGAUGAUGCUGUCAGGAUUCUACGGGAGAUUGUCUCCAAACCUGGGCCGAUAAGCCUAACAGUGGCGAAAUGUUGGGACCCCUCUCCUAGAAGCUACUUCACCAUCCCUAGAGCCGAGCCGGUGAGACCCAUCGACCCUGCUGCCUGGAUCUCACACACUACUGCACUUUCUGGGCCAUUCCCCCAUUAUGAGUUUGAUGACCUCCCACUUUCAGUGUCAAAAACAGACAUGGCAACUAUAGUAAAAGUUAUGCAGCUACCAGAUUCAGGCUUGGAGAUUAGAGACCGAAUGUGGUUAAAGAUCACUAUAGCCAACGCUGUCAUCGGGGCUGAUGUUGUCGACUGGUUGUUCUCACGGGUGGAGGGCUUCAAGGACCGUCGGGAUGCUAGAAAAUACGCCAGCAGUUUGUUGAAACACGGCUACCUGAGACACACAGUCAAUAAAAUCACCUUCUCGGAGCAGUGCUACUACACCUUUGGAGACCUGUGCCAAAAUAUGGCUUCUCUCAAUCUGAACGAGGGAUCUAGUGGUGGGGGCUCUGACCAGGAUGGUCUUGCUCCUCUUCCUCCUCCAGGAACCAACCCCUGGCCCCUCGGCGGUCAGCCCUACCCUUACCCAGGUUACCCCGCUCCUCCACCCGGCUUUCCUCCUGGAUACUCGGACCCUUGCCACAGUUUUCACAGUGGCAGUGCAGGCAGCCAACAGAGCGAAGGCAGCAGAAGCAGUGGCUCCAACCCCAGUGCUGGGAAAGGCCGGAGACCCUCCCCUCGAGAGAAGGACCAUAAGGCACCGUGCUGUGGGGGCAGCGAAUCAGAAAUUGGAGCGUGGGUUGUGAGGAGGGGUGAGAGAGCACCCAGUCAACUGAGUCAUCAAAGCCACAGCCGCUCUGCUGCCAGUCAGGCCCACUCCAGCCACAGUUACACUCACUCUGGGUACAGCCACGGCCAGUGUCACAGCAUCUCGCAGCAUAGCCACAACUUCACCUACAGCCAUGCCCCUUUCAUUCAGCCCAAUCAUCUGUCCUGUGCCCACAGUGAGAGAAGUCACGGCUCUUCGUAUGGCCCGCCGGGUCUGCCCCCUCCGUACUGCCUCGCGCACCUCGCCCCUAAAGCAGCAGCAAGCAACAGCCCACCUGGGGCUCCCCCCAUUCGCGAGCUAGGAAACGUCCCCCCAGAACUCACCGCUAGUCGGCAGUCAUUUCAACACGCUAUGGGCAAUCCUUGUGAAUUUUUUGUUGAUAUUAUGUGACAGGAGAGUGCCUUCAACCCUUUCAGAGCACAAGGCCUACUUCCCGCAGUUUGCUUCAUGAAUUUUUGCUACUGACGAUCCCUGCACUGAGAAUGUACAAACUGACAGCGCGAUUUAAAGCAUUUAAAGGGACAGUUAACCCAAUAAUGAAAGAUCUGUAACUUGCUCGUUUAUCCAGUUUCUUUCUUCCGUGGAACAAAAAAUAACUGUUGUAAUUGUUAACUAAAACUAUUAAAAAUAGUUUUCAGUAAUUGAAAUAAAGAUGAAAUCAAAUAUAAAUAUUAGAUGAAGAACUUUAAUGAAAAUUAGAAAUGUUGCCUUGGCAAAUAAGAGAAUUUAAUACAUUUAUGCAGAAAUCCUAAAAUGCUUUUUUUUUUUUUUUUUACCUUAUUUUUAUACAUUAAAGCAAUUUACAAAGAAUAAACUAAACAUUUCUUUACAACAGCAGUGGGCCUAAAAUGAUUUAAACUAAAUAAAAUAUAGAAAUGUUGUAUAGAAAUAUUAAAAAAUUAUUCACAUAAUUUAUUCACAUAAUUAACUAAAACUUUCAAAUCAAGCUAGCUAAAAAUAUUAAUGUAAUAAUAUAAUAGUAUAUAAAUAAUAACACUGCAAUUUUUUAAUCCUGAACAUAUUUCAUCCAGAAUAUUCUGACAACUCUUCCUUCCAAGAGAAGAUUAUCAUUAGUUACCAGUUUAGCUUUCUGUCACCGAAAUGUAUCGUAUGUCUUCAGAAGACUUGAAAUAUAGCCCACUUUUGUGGCAUGGACUACUUUUAUUUUAUUUUUUUUGAAUUUUGGGACAGCCCCAGUCCGCUUUUUACUUCUAUUAUGUGUAAAGGAAUGACCAGGAUGUUUUUUGACCAGGAUAAAAAUUCACUUUUUAUGUUCCACAGAAGAGAGAAAGUAUUUGGGAAAAAAACAUAAGAGUGAGCUAAUGAUGACCGAUGUUUUUCAUUUUUAGGUCAACUUUUUCUUUAAUGUCCAUUCAAUGUUAUUUAGAUCACCGAAGGACACACACAAAAAAAAAGCACAACUGCAGAGUUAAUUUAAACUCUGACACAAAAACUACAAUACUGCAGUAGCAGCACAAGAUAACACAACUAAUAAGCUUUUAACAGGAAAGUCAGUGUAUCAGACUGUCUGCUUCUUAUACUCAGCUGCUCUGCACUUUGCACAAGUUACAAGCCAGACACUGGCAUGACUCUUUACACAGUCCGUACUUUUAAAUGUAUUCACACGCUGGAUGAUUUUUUUCCUUACACAGUUGCAUUUGUUAUAACCCCGUUGACAAUCAGACAUCAUAAUGACAAUUGACGUCCCUAAACAUUGCUGAAUGUAUUGUCUUGUGAGGCUACAACUCAGAAUUCCCUCAUUAGCUUGAUAGCAUGUUAAGCUAUCACUAAAUAAAUGCUCGGAUGUGUUAAUUUUAGACUCAUGGUUGCCAAAUGUCCAUCAUGAACUCUAAAUAUACAAGACAUUUUUAACAAUAACAAACAGGUGCUUUUCAUAGUCUGUGAACCGACUGUUCAGACGUCACCAGUUGUCUUAGUAUUCACCACUGUAUUACGAACGUCACUGUACAGUUAAUGCAGUAAGUUAAUGGUAGUAGGCCUUGUAAGUUAUAACAUGAGCCCCUUUUCCACCGCAGGAACUUUACCCAGGAACUAGGGACUUUGGGGCGGUACUGGUGUGUUUCCAGGAUCUAAAUAAAGUUCCGGGUAAAAAUUUGCCCCUCGGAAUGAAUGUCCCUGCUCGCGAGGUCCGGAACUUUCAGGGGAGGGACUUGGGCGCUGAACACGCUGAUUGGUUGAGUUCAGCAACAUUGUAUUUCAACCACCAUUUAUUUGCUUUUAUUAUUAUUAUUAUUUUUUUUAUUGUGUCAUGGAAUGUAGUUUUAAAAGAAUUUCAGGCGAGAAUGUAGUUAUUUAAAACUCAAAUCUGCAGUUUAUUUAUAAAGACAGCGCCUAUUUGAAAAUGUGCUUCGCUGAUUUCGGAGACGUGAGCUCCACGCGAUCAGCGGGCGCUCAGUGCUCAUGUAUCCCGACGAGAGGAGCUUCAACUCGGCUAGUCCUUCUGACAUUUGCCGCUGGCCCUGAUGUCUCUGUAGUGGUUAAACAUGAGACAUUUGUUUUGGGUAAAUCUAACAGG